UUUCAAAAUAUGAUACUUGGUGUGGGGGUAAAGAAAGUUCCCCAAAUAGAAAUCCCCAAAUUGAAACCCUACAUUCCGCCAUGGUCGCCAUCUUUUCCUUUCCAUUCCGGAGACAAAACGACGCUGCCGUUAUUAUUCUUCGAGAUUCACAUCAAUCGCUUCAUCAAUUCCUAAAAACACAACAAAAAUCAAGCUUGUAGAUCAGAAAAACUUUAUAUUGUUGAUUCUCAACCUAUGGCUGCAAAGAUUCUCGCGAGCUUGAUUGUGAGGGGUGGGGAAAUCUUGGCAAAAGCCGUAGUUCAGGCAUAUCGUCAAGCCCUUACGAAUGCCUCAAAAAAUGGUGUUGCACAAGAAACAAUGCAAAAUACUAUACGCAGAGCUGACAAAGUUAUGACACAGCAAGAGGCUCGGCAGAUUCUUGGUGUUGCUGAGGAUACUCCCUGGGAGGAUAUUAUUAAGAAAUAUGAUAAAUUGUUUGAGAAUAAUUCCAAGCAUGGGAGUUUUUACCUCCAGUCCAAAGUUCAUCGGGCAAAGGAAUGUCUAGAGGCUGUCAAACAAGGCAAGAGUGAAGGAAACCCUAGUUGAGGCCUCAGAUUUGGAUCCAAAUUCUCUAGAGUCGGGAAUUCCUCGCAUUUAGGACAUCGAUGGUUGUUUGAUCUAAACUCAUGCUCAAUGUUUUGAAUUAUAAAAUAACAAUAGUAGUAUAUCGACUAUCCAAUCUCAACUAUUGAUGUCUCAACUGCGUGAAUAUGGGAUCUCCUAAUUGCAGAAGAUCUAAAUUCCUUAGUUUUGCUCCUUCUUACUAGUUGUGUGGUAAUUUUGGCCACCAAUUUGUCCAAUCAAAAUUAAAUUUAUUUUACUAUAAGAGUUAUUUGUAAAUGAUUAAUGAAUUAUAUCCGUAGAAUUA